AUGGGUCGUCUCGCGGAAAUGCAACGCAAGCUCUUAGAGCAAAUGAUGGGUCCAGAGGCAAUGGGUGUCGCCAAUGCAAAUUUGGUUUGGAGUGACGACAAAGUGUGUCGCAACUUUCUUUGCGGUACCUGCCCACAUACGCUGUUCACCAAUACAAAAAUGGAUCUGGGAGCAUGUCCCAAAUCGCACACUGAACGACUAAAGGCGGAUUAUAACGAAGCGAAAAGCAAGGACCCGAACGACCCAAUACACGCGCGGUUCCAGUUGGAGUAUGAGUCAAACAUAUUUUCGUUUGUAGACGAAUGCGACCGUCGGAUCCGUGCAGCUCAUCGGAGAUUGGAGAAGACCCCAGAAGAGAAUGCAAAGACAACAAACUUGAUGAGGGAAAUCGGUGAGAUUGAACUGGCUAUCCAAGGUGGAACAGAGAAGAUUGAGCAACUGGGUGAACAGGGAAAAGUGGAGGAGUCAAUGCGAGAAAUGGCUGCGAUUGAGGCGCUAAAAAACGAGAAGGCAGACAAGGAGCGAGAGCUACAGCAACUCACUGAUACUUCAGGGGCUUCUGGUCACCAAAAAUUGCGUGUCUGUGAUGUUUGUGGCGCGUACCUCUCUGUGUUGGACUCGGACCGUCGUUUGGCAGAUCAUUUUGGAGGCAAGAUGCAUCUAGGGUACCACGAGUUACGCAACAUGCUGCAGAAGUUUAGGGAAGAACGGGAAAAGGCCAAAGCGGCUGGCGUGAGUGCACCUUCAACAGCGCAAGCCAGCAGCAACGGUCGAGAACGGGGCGGGAGAGAUGAAGGCCGAGGAGGGUAUGAUCGUCACUCAAGUUCACGGUAUGAGUGA